AUAAUGUGUUCUUUGUUCUUUUCAGGGUCAAAUUGUGUGAUGACAGCUAGCUGGUGAUGACGAUAACUAGCGGUGACGAUAACCAGUGAUGACCCUAGCUAGUGAUGACGAUAACUGGUGCAGCUCGACGCCUGGGCAGAGGGAGACGCAUGGUCAUAACACAAUUCACAAGAGCGCAGACCAACGCGAUUUGUGGCCCAACACGAGUUAAUACUCACCAUGAAACUGCAAUAUUACCCAAUAUAUACUCGCGCAAUUUGCAACACAAUAGAAUGCAAAGCAGGGAAACAAUGCAGCACAGUGCUUUGAUGCCAUAAACUACAGUUUAAUAAGUGCGGUACCACGAGAACUCGGACUCCAGACUACAGAGUGAAAGGAACUCUGGUUACAGAAUAAUGAGAGAGAGAAAAGUUCAGGGAGUUGACCGUCAAUUACGAAGACGACACAGGCGAGACGAUGAAGCAUAAGAAUUUUGUUUUUGUAUAAAGUGGUUAAUGUUUCUUAUAUCUUUAAAUAAUGUUUAGUUUUAUAUAAAAAAAUACUGGUUUUUAUAUGACCCUUGGGGUGUCAGAAUGUGCAUGUUGAACCUGAAGUGAGAAACCAACUUGGAGUGCAUGGUGCAGUUGACCUGGUUUAAAGUCAAAUACACCUGAAGUGCAAGGCUAAGCUUGCCUGGAAGGUAGGCUCUGCCUGGCGUCUACUUGUGAGAACAAUAUACACAACUGAGUCAAUAAACACCAGUACAGUAAUCGUCGACAUUUCUCCCUGUAGUGAAAUAUGAAUAUUUGCAAGACGACACAAUUCAAGAAUCACCAUUAAGCUAUAUUUUCAAACAUACUAAAGACAAGGCAAAAAUACCUCAUAAGUGAAACCCAGAAACUUGACAAAAAGCAUUAGAAACCUGGGUAAUAUAGAGAACCUACUCCAAAGAAAUCUUAUACAAAAACUGGAAACUGUUCAUAUAAAUAUUGGUUUAGAAAAUAUUCAGGAUAAGAAUAUUCACUUAAUGCAUAGAUAAGUAAAAAGGAUAUCACAGAUAUCCCUUAAGAGUGUUGUGGCGUGGGGAGCCGGGUGUGGUAGUGUGCAGGAGGAGCAGUAGUGGAGGAGGAGCAGUGUGGAGGAGGAGCAGUGUGGUGGAGAGUGAUGCUGGAGGAGGCUGUGUCGUCCACCUGGCCAGGAGAGUGACCAUGGCAGCCUCCGGGUGUCGCCUGCUGCCAGUUCUAUUCUUCCUCUCCCUCCUCGCUCGCUCCGCCUCCGACCAGAAAGGUGCCCAGUGGAGCCCGACCAACAACCAGCUGGAGAUGGGCCGGCCCGCGGCCAAGGAGGUCGGCGAGCGGUUUGUUACCCAGAACAACAGCGUCGUCACGGGCCAGGUCGGCGCUCCUGUCAUCCUCCACUGCAAGACCUCCAGCGCUACCGGGGGACUGGUGUCGUGGGUGAGGAAGAGGGACUACCAGCUGCUGACGGUGGGGCUCCACACUCACUCCAGCGACGACCGCUUCUCUAUCAACUACGUCCACUGGGACUGGCAGCUGCACAUCCGCUACGUGCAGCCGCGGGACGCCGGGAUCUACGAGUGUCAAGUGUCCUCUCACCCUCCCACCUCGCUCUUCGUGCACCUGCAGGUGGUAGAGGCGGAGGCGGAGAUCCUGGGGGCGCCGGAGAAGCACGUGAAGCUGGGCUCCAUCCUGCGGCUGGUGUGCAUCAUGCACCACACCACCGAGGCCCUCUCCUACGUCUUCUGGUACCGCGGCAACGAGAUGAUCAACUACGAGUCCGAGGAAGGAACUGGGAGUGUGGUGGUGGAGAGCGAUGAACACACCAGUGUGCUGAUGGUGACGAGUGCUAGCAGACUACACUCCGGCAACUACACCUGCGCCCCCUCUAACACCAAGCCCGCCUCCAUACUGGUCCACGUCCUCAAUGGAGAAUAUCCCGCGGCCAUGCAGCACGGGGAGUCGUCGAGCGUGAAGCAGCGGCCUGGGGCCAUGACGACGGUGGUGUCGCUGGCCCUUUGCCUCCUGGCUGCCGUCUCCUGCACGCUGCCUGGCAGAGCGGCGGCACGGCGCGCCCUGGCACAGCCCCCGCAGGCGUCUUGCGCACACAGAGGCACGCAGAUACCCCGGCAGCCGCAGGCGUGUGGUGGGGCCGCACCUGCGGCUCACAGGAGCCUGGUAACGGGUGCUCGGAGUAAGGUUGGUGCGUCGGGGUACAUGGCCCAGCAUGGCCAGACUUACCAGUGGUGCCACCAGGGCCAUUAGUGAGGUACCAGUGGUGGCCCUGAGUGACACAGUGUGUAUAUAUCCUGGAGGAGGAGGAGGAGGUGGGGGCUGCACCUCCACCCACCUCCCUGUACAGUUACCUCACCUGCAGCCCCUCACACACCGCUGCUCCUCACUUGCAGGCCCUCACACACCGCUGCCCCUCACCGUUCUCGUACAGGGCCAGCUGUCUAAUACGAUAAAAUAUAAAAAUGCCUUUGCACCUCUUGUUUUAUAAAUUCGUACGUAUACAUACUUAUGAAUUUGUUAGGACACAUGAUACACACUACUACGUUGACGGCUCUUUACCACUAGCUCCCUUCACAGCCAAUUAUGUAUCAUGUAUCCUUAACUCAACACACACAAACAGUACUACGACGCGUUGGACACAUGACUAGUUCUUAAGUGUUUUGGCACGACGGUGAGACGAGAGAUGUGCCGACCCUGUUGGGCACGUUGAUCUGACAUGACAGUUACCAGUGUGUGUGUGUGUGAGGUGGAGUUUGUUUCAACAACAGUCAGGUGGAACCAGUAUCCUAGGAAAACGAGUUUAUCAACGGUAUAAUUUAUGAACAUUUAACUAUCUGUCGUUUAGCUUUUGUUCAGCGUGAGAUAAAUCUCACCUGAGAGUGUUGCGUGUUGAGACGCUGUUGUGUUUCUUGCCAACACUCUGGACGCUGUGGGUGUUGCUGCCUUACUUCACUAUCCUCUCCUCUACACACUUCAUCACUAUCUUCCCUUUCUCUAUCCUCACUAUUACUCAUUCUCUCUCCACCGUCCCCCCGCUCACCACUCUCCCUUCACGUCAGAAUAUGUAUAUCGCAUUGCAACGUGCACAAGAUGGGUAGUUGACUGCGCAUGAGGAGGUGGACUCGCUGCCUCGUAGGCACUACUAGGUAAGGACGGAGACUAACUGCACGAGUGGUUAAACAAUUGGUUGUUGGAAUUCAAUGCCAACAAGUGUAAGGUAAUGAACAUGGAAAGGGAGAGAGGAGACUGAAAGCAUCUUUUUUUUUAUCUUUAUUGUUAAAAUAACAAAACUAUUUACAAACUCAAUUAAUAAACGAAAUUAAGGAAAUAUAGAGGCAAAAUAAAACAAGGGAGACCAGAAGGCAGCUACACCAACAGAUAAAGGCAGCAACAGGAAUCGAAAAAAAGACAAGGAAUUGGUAGUGGAAAUAACUCCCACACUAACACCAGAGGCACACACACAAACAGAAUAACAUCAGCAGCAUAUGGGACGCUGGCAAAUACAAGAAUAUUUGUUUAUAAACCAAAAUGAGGACUACUUCGAGGCACUACACACAACAUUUGUUAGACCAAUAAUGCAACACCGCCACUUAAUCCGCAUCCUAUGAAACAAAAUCAUAAUUAAUAACGUACAAAUGUUUGGAAUAAUACUGGUACCAGAGCUGAAAGAAUUAAGCUACAAGGACAGGCUAAUGGAACUAAAUCUGACAACCGUAGAGGACACAUGGAAGUCAGGGGAUAUAACUAAUAUUUUUAUUAUACUAAGGGGCAUAAACAAGUUUAACCUCCGCAACUUGAGAGAGAGUAGGACAUGAGUAGCACGUGUCCUGGUGGUCGACCAGUGCACCUGUACCACAGGUACCAACAUCCACAGGUGUAAAGCCAGGGUCGACACACAGGUGUAAUGGCUAGAGUAACGUUACCAAGUAACGUAACAGAUACGACAAAGACUCGUUGGCGGAACAUAACGAGUUAGGUCUCAUGCCCUUGUUGAUGCUGGUAGGUAGUUACCACCACCCCCCCCCCCCACACACA